AUGUACGGUUCUGCUGUGUACGUGCUCAUUCUUGCGCUCGUGAGCCGCGCCGCCGUGGCGUCUCCGGUGCGCGCGACCAGGAGCGUCCAAAGCGACCGCGCGGACAACUGCACCACGAGCGCCCGAGACCUGCUCGCUACUCUCAAGCGCGCGCUCAAUAAACCAGAAAAGAUGGGAUCCAACAUGCUGUUUCAUGGAUUUAACUGCACGGACCUGGAAGCAGUGGUGAACCCAAACACACAGACAGUGGGUGUGUGUCAGCCCAGUCAGGACAUGAAGUGCUCUGAUCAAAAAACUUCUCCAUUCAGCGAGACUGAAUGCUUGCAGAACAUUGCUAAUGAUCUGGACUACCAUCGAUCCAUGCUCGUUGAAUAUGUGCGCACUCUGGAUCAGAAGUCAAACUCCGAGUCCAUCACUGAGCUCAACUCCAUUACAAACUUGAUAAACAAUCUUCAGCAGAGCUGCAAACUACUGCCCAAACCAGAGUCUUUGAAAGAUAAGUGGAGCCCCAGUAAUUCGUUCGAAGAUCGUAAGGAUCUGUGCAAACAGCUGAAGGGCUUCGAACUGCGCACCAUCACCAUCAACCGAGCGCUCGGAUACGUCUGCGCCGGGGAGUACAAGAAAUGAGUCUGCACUUCCACUACAAUCAUCAUCAUCAUCG